AUGUCUAGCCUGACCACCAUGAGCAGCGCUAGUAGGGAGUCGCUGGAGGCGGAGGAGCUCGUCGACACAAGGCUGUCGCUCGUGAUCGGUGCCGGGAGCCAACCGCCGCCGGUGCAGGCCCCUCUGCUACCGCCAGAGGCAGAGGGUCGUGUGCCGGGAAAUACUGGAAGGAAGAAAGGGGAGAAGUGGAUAGUAGGCGGUAGUACAAGGCAGCAUGGCAAGAGGGCAAGGGCUGCGCACGGCGGCAGCGACGUCGACGAUGGCGACGACGGAGGGGACGCAGCCGGCCGCGCGAGGAAGAAGCUCCGGCUCACCGCGGAGCAGGCGGCGCUGCUGGAGAAGAGCUUCCGCGCCCACAACGUCCUCUCCCAUGGUGAGAAGCAGGAUCUUGCGGGGCAGCUUGGGUUGAAGCCGAGGCAGGUGGAGGUGUGGUUCCAGAACAGGAGGGCGCGGACCAAGCUCAAGCAGACGGAGCUCGACUGCGAGCUGCUGCGCCGGUGGUGCGAGCGUCUCAGCGACGACAACGCGCGGCUCCGGCGAGAGCUCGCCGAGACACGCGCGGUCCUCCUCGUCGGCGGUUCAAAGGGCUCGACGCUCACGGGGUGUCCGUCCUGCAACAGGCUCGCCUACACGAAAAUCUGCAUCUGA